AUGACACAGAGCCCAUAUCAUGACGAUUGCAUCCCUCAUCCCGAAGAUCCUGCAACAUGGGAAAACAACGCACAGUACGCUCCAACACCUGGAUAUUGCGGUAGUCCCAAUGCAACACGGUUCAACUACAGUCCUUCCCCCUCUGUUGUGCUAGAAGAUCAGUCACAGUCGGAUAUUCUUAGGCUGCUCCAGUUGUCUGAAUGGGAAGAAGGAAGAGUAUACGACAAGGACCCGCCGACCUGUAUACACUACCGUAUAGAGUGGCUUGUUACAGUCAACAAUCGAGAGGUAUCAAAGGACACGGAGGAAGAUCUUGUUUUGGCCCCUAGUGCCUUUUGGCAGCUGUUCUUGGAGAAGAAAUUAGAGAAAGUUCUUCGACGAAAAAUUGCCCGUCAUCGUCAGGUGAGAGCUGAUGACACUGCGAUUGUCGUUUCAGUGAACGACCGAACCCAGCGCAAUUUGACUAAACGAUUUGAUGAUACCGAGAUCAUUUGGACCGCCAUCGAGAAGCAGCUUCGGAUGUGGUCAGGUCUAUUCUCCCGGGGUAAAGAGCUUACGUUGAAGAUAAGUUUCAAUUACGUAGACGAUCGUUACUCUCCUCCAGCCGCCGGUCGGAAAGGGGAGAAAAGAGGAAAAGCCUCUGUUACGAAGAGAAUGCUCGAUGAGAGAGCCGCUCAGAUUGAUGCUGAGCAGGAUGCUUCUGGAGAGAGACCUACCUGGCGCAGCGUCUACAACCUGAUGCGAUGCGCAUCCUCGACUUGCCUAUUAGGCCCAUAUUGUUGGGUGGGUCCAAUCGGGAAAAAGCAUUACCAACUAAGGACUCAUCAUCUCAAGCGGCUCGUUAUCCACGUCGAAAAAGGUGGGGUGUUAGACGGGCACAAGGAUGUGCCAGAAAGAGUAUGCGAAGAUUUAUAUAUGGAAGAGCAACGAAGACAGGAAAAGAACAAUCGCAAAGGAGGACAUAUGACAGGAAAUGGAGCACCCUAUCCUGCCAUCAACAUCAAUGUCCUGCCCUCGCAGUCUUCCACCUCUGCGGCUGCACAGGUUUCUGCUGACUUCCAGUCCAUGCAAUCUCUAGGCCCGCUUGAGAUCCCUGGACCUAGGGAUGAAGCGGUCAAGGAUUAUGGUGAAUGGCAGGUGUCAAAUGUCACUGAUGACACUCUCAAGGCUGCAUUUCGAGAGAUCUGUGACAUGAUGAUCGACAAUGGUCUUGAUCUUGAGCAGGUCUACAAGGAUCAAGGCCCGGAAUUCUUUAUCGGAAAGGGCAUAAAGAUAGGUAUUGCUCGACGGUUCGUAGAAGACAUUCGGCGCUGGGUCGAGAAUGUGAAGAAAGCAAUCCCUAUUUAUGACAUAAUUUAG